AUGAGUUCUCCCAAAGUCUGGUUCAUCACAGGCACGUCGACUGGGUUUGGCAAGCAAUUGACUCUGACAGCUCUGGCUCGUGGUGAUAAAGUUGUCGCCACAGCUCGGAAUGUCGACAAACUGAAAGAGCUCAAAGACGCUGGGGCUGAUACCCUCAGUCUCGACGUCACUGCACCCCUGGACCAAAUCAAACAGGUUGCUGAAACUGCAUUCAAACUAUACGGCAGAAUCGACUAUCUUAUCAACAACGCCGGGUAUGUGCAAAGCGGUGGAAUUGAAGAACUCACACCUGAAGACAUACAGGCUCAAUUUGACACCAACGUCUUUGGCCUGUUGAACGUCACCAGAGCGAUUGUACCAUAUAUGAGAGCAGCUCGAUCAGGAGCCAUUGCCAACAUCUCCAGCAUAGGCGCAUGGUCUGGCAUGGGCGGCGGUGGAGCCUAUUGCGCGUCCAAGUGGGCAGUCAGCGCCUUCUCCGAGUCUCUCACAUAUGAACUAGCAGAGUUUGGCAUCAAAGUUGUCUGCAUCGAACCAGGCUAUUUCCGGUCCAACCUUCUGCACACAGGCAACAAGGGUGUUAAGAAGAAUGUCAUUCCCGAUUAUGACGGCGACACUGCUGUGCGCCAGGGAGAAGCCCUCUUGGAAUCGGCCAAUAACAACCAGCCUGGCGACGUGAAAAAGGGCUCCAAGGUGAUCAUUGAUGUUCUCACCGGCGCAACGGGCAAGGACAUCCCAAUUAGGUUGCCCCUGGGGCCUGAUAGUUACGACUUCAUCAAGGGGAAGUGUGAAGGCACCGUCAAGUUGCUGGAUGAGUGGAAGGAUCUCACCUCAUCAACCAACAUUGAUCAAUAG